GGCUUCUUGUCUAGUUUGUCUUUUACGAUAAUCGAUUGUAUUAAUUUGUAAACCUUUUAACUUUUGACGCCGUUUUUAGCUUAUUUUAAUGGGGCCAUUUUACACCAGGAUCUAAUGACGGAAUAAUGGAGAAAGGCUGAAUGGAAAUAUUGGGAAUUUUUAUAUCAAAACGUGGUUUUUGUGCGCGAAUCGCCAUGUGAUGGCAAUGUACUUGUAUUUUAAAUGUCCAAUAUUUUUGUGGAUUUUAAUACUUUUGCAGACGAAUUUGAUUAGCACAGGUAAGUUAUAAGCUUUGAUACAUUUUCAGCGAUUAAAUAUAUUUACAUAGAUGCCACGAAUACUGUUUCUUUUGCUGACAAUGUAGGAUUAGAGUUCUAUAAUUUAUCAUAUUUGUAUAUGACCAACUUUUGAGACCUUCUAUAAUUUUAUAUAUUUUAGACAGCGACAUACAACGGCGACGUACAAGUUUAUCGGACGAUUUUGAACUGUGUAGAAAAGGCGAAACGCUUCGGAAUCAUGCCUUGAGAGGAGGACGAAAAGCAGGCGCUUAUUAUAAAAUUGGGAAAGUGAAAACUUUCGACGAAUGCAUUGACUUGUGUUGCAGCAGUGACUGUAGCUUAGCGUUAUAUGUAAAGAGAAAUUGCUAUUCUGUCGAAUGCAAUAGUGCACAAUUAUGUAAGCCGAUUAGGGUACACAGAGCCAUUAAACCGUCGAUUUUUCGAAGAUAUAGAGGUAGGUUUCAGAACAAUAUUUUCUUUCAAAUACACGAAAUCGUAUGGCAAUAAUUCAUAUCUUAAUUGUGACAUGGCUUUGAUCAAUUAGAAUAUUAGAACGUGUCAAUUUCACGUUGAUAUUUAAAUUCCUAGUAUAAAUUUGCAAAUCAACUUUUCUUGCAUCGUAUAUUAAAAAGGAAGCCGUAUUUUACUAUAGCCUGAAUCAAUUUUUUCACAUAUAAAUUUAUAUCAAAGUUGGCAUAUAAUUUUCCAGACUUUUUGUGGAAUAUAUGGGGUUGACAUUAAACCAUAAUAAUUGGUUAUUAAUUAUUAAUCAAAUGCUUUGUGGUUAUUGUUUAACCCUCCCUGGGGGAAAAUUUGCAUGAGAAUGAGCAUAUAUUUUUUCUACUUUUAGCCAAUAUAUUUCUUUGAUGUUUGUAUGUAGAGAUAAUUUAUUUGAGAGCCAAUUGAGCAGUUUGGCCAAUAUACUGUCAUGGCAAUUUGACAGUGCAGUAGUGUUUGAUUUAUUGAGUCAUUAUAUGUGGACAAUUAGAGAAAGGAAUUGAUCACAAUUGAGUGGUCAUAUUAAAUCAUGCAUUGCCCAUAAUCCUUAGUUACUGUAACUACAUAAGCCAAGCAAAAUGAAUAUUAUAACUGUAUACAAAGAAAAAAUGGAAAUUAGGGUCAUCUAUAUACAGAAAAAUUAUUUAAAAUGUUAACCGGCCUGUGAGCGCCAGGCUCCAGCUCUCUCCCCUUGACAAGUAAAAUUGUCUGGCAUUAAACCGAGUAAAAGAAUAAUGUAGGGUGCAUUAGGGCCUUACUUGAAAAAGUAAGCAGCUGUUAGCAUAUAAGUUGCAGUGUGCCAGCUAUCUUUGUUAUUCCACUCUGUUUAAUGCCAGAUGAAUUGCUUGUCAAUGAAAUAGUUGACAGAAUACAUACCACCGUGGGCAGUCUGUUUAACCCAUUGAACAUCAACACUCUCCCCUUUACAAAUAAAAUUGUCUGGCAUUAGACAAUCAGAGUAAAAUUGUAAUUAAGUAGGGCACAUCAGGGUGCGUGCAUUGCCGCUUAAUUAAAGGGUUAACAGAAUGCAUGAGCAGAUAAUCUGAUUAACCCAUUGAGUGGCAGUGCUCACGCCUUCAUAAGUAAAAUCAUCUGACAUUUGACAGUUGAAUAAAAUGGUAAAGUAGGAUGUAUUGGGGUGUUAAAGAUGUACUCAUAAUCCAGCUAAUUUAUGCUCAUUUUAAUUUUUCAGCUGCUGUUACCCAUGGCCGUGAUGCAUCAUUGCCGUAAGUAAUAUGUAAUUUAAUUAUUUGUUACAUGUAUUAUACUUUCUUGGCCUAGGACCAUUGCUCUCAUGAAUCAAGAUGCCUCGCAGGACGGCAAUUUGUUUAUUAUUCAUGAGAUUGAGGAGAGAUUUAUGACAUAAUUAUCUUUUGAGUUAGUUUCCUCAUUAUCGUUAUUCCCUAGGCUUCCAAAUGUGGUGGGGUCAAAUGUAACUUUAAAGAGAGAAAAAAGGUAAUCUGUUUCUAUUAUACUCAUGAAUGUAGAUAGUAGUGAUUUCCAUUUAAUAUACCCGUAUAGUUUUGCAGCUGAGAAAAUUAAAUCACGCAGAAAAUUCUACACUUACUAACUAGUGCUUACCAGAAAUGCAAUAGUAACCCAUUGAGUACCAGCACUUUCUCCUUGAUAAGUAAAUCGUCUGGCGUUUGACGGAGUAAAACAAUAAAGUAACAUGCAUUGAGAUGCAAUUCAACUUAAUGGGUUGAUUUUCUGGUAGGUCCAAGAGGGGUCAGCAUAAAUGAUGCAAAAUAUUUGCUGACGGGUCACCACUAAAAUUUUCUAACCCACCCUAUCAGAUCACCUUGGGUGUGCCUGGGAUGAGGGUUUGACAUUUGGUGUAAUCAGGGAUGAAGUUACAGGGAGGGAGGGGGAUGUGCAUGCCUUGUAGUCUUUGCAAAGACGGAUGUAAGGGGAUGCCAAUUUCCUUAUCCAAUCCAUAUAUUUUGGACUUGCCUAUUAAGGCAAUUACUGUACAAAAACAAAAAUAAAAUAGAGACAAAAUGAGAUAGUAACAUGAUUGUGAAAUUGUCAAGCAAGACUACAGACUAGUGCCUUCGGUAGCCAAGUGGUUUGCGCACUUGCCGUUUACCUCUGAGGCUGCAGGUUCAAGCCUCAGUGAGAACUUUCUCAAUGCGACUCAAACCCAGUCCUCAUGUGAAAGGAGUAAAAAGUCAACGCUCUGCCGAAAGUUGUGGGUUUUCUCCAAGUACUGCGGUUUCCUCCCACAGGGAAAGUUGACAGGGUGGGUUUAAAGCACAUAGGUCAGGGGGGGCGGAGAUCAUUAAUGAGGUAUGGACUAAUAGCGGCUGCUCAAAGCGCCAUUUGUAAGCUCACAAUCUACCUCGGUCUGCUCUAAUGUAACCAGUCACUGAAAAACCCUGAUUUGGGAGUGUGCUGAGUAAUAUAUAUAUCUGUACUAUGCCUUGCUGCCGUAGCUGCUUCUAGUAUCAACAGUUGAACCAUGAACCAACAUAUAUUAUGAAAGGAUCCAUCCCUUAUAUAAUUGUUACAGUAUGAGGGUGAUCGACCUCCUGGAAAAUAUUUCUCACAUCCCCCAAUGUCUUGUGUCAAAAGACAUCCAUCGCUCAUUCAUUUUACUCUUUCCAUUCAACAGGUUUGGUUCAUGUCAACAUUACACUGGAGAAGUAUGUUCAAAAUACCUCGAUCCAAACAGACUUGUCUACUAUGACGAACCUCCAAAUGCUGUCGAAAAACGCCUAUCUGGACCUUUAACCGUAAUCCAAGGCCGUUUCAAAUCACACUGUAAGAAAUUUGCUUUGCCUGCCCUGUGUUUGUACUCAUUUCCUUAUUGCGAGGCGAAGCCACAUCCGCAGCCAGUGAGGUUGUGUAAGGAUGAUUGCGACCAACUUUAUGAGGGAGUGUGUAAUCAUGAUUUUAAUCUCGCUAAGAGAGUUGCCGUGAAGUAUCCGCCCUUGUUAAAGAUUAUUCCCAAUUGUGCUAACUUAACUAUGCUGACCAAAGAAGGGGAUGAUUGUGUCAAACUUGGAUUAGAUGAAGGUAUGUAGUUUUAUACUGUAAUAGACCUUUCCGGUAAUUAUGUCACAACCACAUUGUUUUCAACUUAGGACCACCUUAAAUCACGCUCAAAUGGAAUGGAAUUCAAGUUUUUUCCUCACUGGCUAUGCGCAAAGAAGCAGAACAUCCUUCUUUAACACAUGCAUGAUAAAAAAUUAUUAUUUUGACCAAUAAGUGCGGGAAUAAGCUUCAACACGAGCCUGAGGGGCCCAAAGGGGCCAUGGCCCCUCAGCCUCGUUUUCGUGUUAAAGCUAGCUUAGUCUCACAUUUAUUGGUCAAAAUAAAAAAUCUUUUUCAUGCAUGUGUUGAAGAAGGAUGCUCUGCUUCUUUGCGCAUAGCCAGUGAGAGGUAUAUUGUAAUAUACACAGCAUAAGCAGCCGUGUUGUAUCAGAUAUGGAACGCAAAUGUGAAUUUUCACUAUAGCUACAUGCAAACAUUUUGCAGUAAUUGGGCAAGUUCUGAUGUAAGACAUGUACAGUACAGUAGAUGUACAGUACAGUACAGUAAAGAAUAACCAAUUUUGGAUAUUGCAUGGUCCUAUGUACUGUACUGUACUGUACAUGACCAUGCAAUAUUCAAAAUUGGUUAUUCUUUACUGUACUCCGAUUACUUGUGGUCAGUGAAUACAUGUAAAAAACUAGAGAAACUACAAGUAGGAACUAAUGGCCUUGUCACACUACUAUCGUACUAGCCUAUGCCAGCGUAUGGAAAAUAUCAAUCUCAUACGCUGGUAUACGUUGGCAUACACUAGGGGUACGAGCCUGCCGCACACGUGAGAAACUUGUUGAGGUAACCGCCUCGCGUGGCAGCUAGCUCAGCAAGUUGCUCUCGUGUGCGGAUAGUUUUCGUGAGGAUUUGACCUCUCGAGGCCUUGAGGAAAAUAUCUAUCGUGUUUGAUAUUUUUCACCUCGCGAGGAAAAAAUCUCAACGUCUGCGGAUGUUGCGAGCUAAGUGCUGAGCUGCUUGAAUCAAUUGGCCAAUAAGAAACCAUAGUUUCUUCACGUGACUUUGAACAAAAUGGAGGAAAAUGCAAAUGAUUUUGUCAAUUAUGUUGUUGUUGAGGAGUUUUCCCAACGUGUGCGGUGAAAUUGCAUAGCUGAGCUAGCCGCCACACGAGGUAGUUAGCUCAGCAAGUUCUCUCAUGUGCGGUGGGCUUUAGGCAUAGGUUGUAUGCUCUUCAACUACGCACGUAAAAACGCACAAGUUUGUUACAAGACUAGUCUGUUCACAAGCUGUUAACAAGAUGUAUAUUCGCACUGCUUGUCACAAGUUGUCAACAAGUUUGGAACAACUUGUUGACAACUUGUAACAACCUUGUCGAAAUUAUCAGACUUGUUGCGAGGUUGUUCUGACAAGUCUGUGACAUGCUUGAUAUAACAAGAUUGUUACAACCUUGUGUUGACAACCUUGUAACAUCCUUGUUAUAUCAUGGCUGUAACAAACUUGUUAGCACAAUCUUGUAACAAGGCUGAUAAUGCCAUCAAGCUUGUUACAAGUUGUUAACAGCUUGUUUCAAACUUGUUACAACAAACUGGGAACAAGCAGUGCGAGCACAACUUGUUGACAGCUUGUGAACAGACGUGUAACAACUUAUUUGCAGACUUGUUACAACUUGUGCGUUUUUACGCGUGUAGCUUAUACGGCAGGGCAGAAUUUUUUUUAAGCAUGCUUAAAAAUUUUGUGCACAUGCGGACGAAUGUGUUAUACGUUACUCAUACGUUUAUCUCAAUGGUGUGACAGGGCCUUAAAAUUAGGUGAAAUAUUUGUGGGACGUGAUAUUAAGAGAAGAGCAUUUAAGAGCGAAAGAUCCAAGAAGCGAGUUCCAACCUAGUUCUUUUAGGAAAGUAAGAAAUACGAUAGUCGAUAAAAAUAAAAUAUUUGCGUUGUGAUAACACAAAUUUCGGCCUUGAUAAUUCUUCGUACAGUAUUAUGCUCAAUCUCGUUUAAUAAAAUUACUGUAUAUAGAGCGUUUGCACAUGACGUCACAGCCGCCAUGUUGGUGUUCCAAUAGGUGAUUCCAGUUAUAUACAAAAUUUUGAUCUAGGCAAGAAGAACGAAAACCAUUACCAUAGCUGGAAAGAGCAUCUUAAAAUGAGUAAAAUUGCAAAUUGUGGUUGCGAGUUGUUGUAAAAUGAGGAAAAUAUAGCCCUGUGAAGUUCACAAAUUUUGUAUAUAUUUGCAUAUUACGCGCGGGAAAAGAACCAUUUUUGAGCCGAAAGUGGUUAUUUUUACCGCGCGUAAUACAAAUAUAUAAGAAAAUUUGCGAACUUCACAGGCUAUAUUUUCUUCAUUUUAUAGCAUUUAGCAACCAAACUUUGCAGUUUUACUCAUUUUAAGAUGCUCUUUUUGGUUAUGGUGUUGGAUUUCGUUCUUCGUGCGUAGAUCAAAAUUUAGUCAGACUCUAUAACUGGAAUCACCCAUUCAAACAAAUGUUAAUUAGACUCUUUUGUCUCGAACACCAACUGCAUGGCCGCCAUGGCUUUUGUUCAGUUGGUUCCUGGGGAAUGAGUGCAAACGCUCUAUUGACUUUAAGCGUUUAGUUUUCUUUCAUUUCAUUUCAUUUCAAAUUAAUCCUACCGAAACGUAGCGAGUUUCUUUGUUUCCGAAGCGCCAGGGUGGAACUAAUGUCAUGACUUUGUUCAUUGAAGUGGAGAAAAAGGCUCCGGUCAACUCUAUUGUAUUCAUUUUCCUUGCCUGCUUUAGAGCUCUCGGCUGGAACAAUUUAAAUAUCUGAUCAAUUCUUGUUUCGCACGACGAAAUUCGUUUGUUUAGUAGAUAUUGUAUGUAAAAUUCUUCGAAUGUUCUUGUUAAACAUGGUCAUGAAUUAUGGUAUUACACAGUGAAGUACAGUACCGUACAAACUUAAUUUCAAAUUAGCGGUUUGCCCUAUAUGCGUCUGUAUAUACGAUUCUAAUGUUUUAUGGUAUUCAAGUUUUGAUCUGUAUUGGCUACAUUCUUUUGACAACAUGCUUAACUCUUACGAUCAUUGACAUUGCAGAUGACGAAGCUACGUCAGCCGGUACUUUGGAAACUACCCAUGUCGUAAGCGACAGAACAACUCCACUUGUAAAACCAUCAAGUCGUUAUUCAACCCACGGAAACGAAGCACAGACCCAGUUCACCAAAUCUAGUCCAUCAACGUUAAAGACAACAAAUGCAAACACUUCUCCGUUACAACCGACUCACGCUAACACAUACAACACAAACUUUGAUGUAAAAGAAGCUAACAAAACACCAUCCACAGAUACGUUAGAUAAUCUUAAUUCUGAUGGAGAAAUUGAGAGCGAAGCGCCAUCAAGUCACACGCAAACACAAGCCAUUCCAAGCACAAUUCAAAAGACACUCACACAGGACCAAAGCGAUAAAGUACCGUCUGGAAUAGAAACUAAAAAAUCCAUUCUUAAAACAACAGAUAUUCCGUUCAAUUCGACAAAUAAACUGCAAGAUCAGACUUCAUAUACUCCGCCCACCAUUUCGCCAAAAAAAGUCAGUCCAUCCUCGCUACUAUCGAAUGUGUUUACUAAACAAACAGACGCUGGUUUAACAUCAGAUACUGAGAAGGCGAACUGGAACGGUUCGAGUGUUAUGUCGGUCAGUGAUCCAAGUGAGCAGCCUACAAUUAUUAAUGUGAAUAGCAGCACAGACGAAGUCGAUUUUGAAACGGAAGAUAAAGAUACGGAAAACGGUAAAUAGAAUUUUGAAUUGAGCGAUGCAUGCGAAAUUCUGUCUGGUUUAAAGUGGCACUGUCAUUAAAAUUUUUAUUAUCUUAAAGUACAUUGGCAAUCAAGGGUGGGUUGACUACAAAAUUUUUGUAGUUCGCUAUAACUACAGCUACUUCUAAAAUAUGUAGUCAGCUACAACUACUGCUACUUUUGAACAAAAGUAGUUCGCUACUGACUACAGCUACUGCUUAAAAAAUGUAGCGUACUAUUUCGCUAUUUCGCUACUCAAUAUUUUUUAAUUUUACUGUAUUUGGAACAUCUACUAUAGCUCAGACUGUAAUGUAACCUAUAACAAACCGACUUACGCGAGUAAAUAAGACGGCAUGCACGGCAUAAACUGUGUCUUAAUAACAUUCUAUUCUAUCAAGUUGCUAACAAUUUUAAAAAGUAGCGAAUAGCGAUUUGCUGUUUGAAAAGUAGUCAACUACUUGGCUACUUCUAGGCAAAAUGUAGUUCGCUAUAACUACAGCUACUGUUUUGAAAAAGUAGUCAAAAACUACUGGCUACUUGAAAAUUGUAGUUCGCUACAGUAGCGAACUACAACUACUUCGCUACUACCCACCCUUGUUGGCAAUGCUCUUAAAACUGAAUAGUAUUAAACUUUUUUUGAAGAUUUUUGUUCCCAUACUUAUGUAGUUCUUGUGAUAUUUCAUUUUGUUUAUAACCAUGUGACGUCAUUUACUCAAUAACAUAUAUAAUGCAAUAUCAUUAAUUGUUGUGUAUCUUUGCUAUUUUUUAUCAAAAUCUUUCCAGAGAUGCGGCGCGUUUGUUAAUUUAACCUAUAUCAUUAAGCAUACUGGAUUUUUUUAAACAAAUCUAGCAAAGAUAACACAAAAAUAGCAAAGACAAGAUAAACAAGUCAUGUGUUUGUACAAUUAUGUAUUAUAUAUGUAAUUGAGUAAAUGACGUCACAUGGUUUCAAACAAAAUUAAAUAUCUUAAGAACAAACCAUGGGAAUCAAUAUUUUCAAACGAAUUAGUUACUUUACAGUUUUAUGAGUUCUUUCCUUGGAGACAAUAAAAAUUUUAAUGACGCAGUGCCACUUUAGACAGACAAUUUCCAUUAUAGACUAAUUUUCAAACUAGGCAAGGAGAUGCAAAUAAAUCACCACAGCUAGAAAGAGCGUGGUAAAAUUAGUAUAAUUGCAAAAUUUGGUUGCGAAAUGUUGUAAAAUGCGGAAAAUAUAGCCUUGCAAAGUUUGCAAAUUUUGUAUACUUUACUUUUGUAUUGCGUGCGGAAAUUGCUACCACUUUUAGAAAGUUGUAAGAAUAAUUUUAUUUCCGCACGCAGUAUAUACAAAAUUUGCAAACUUUGCACGGCUAUAUUUUCAGCAUUUUACAACAUUUCGUAACCAAACUUUGCAAUUUUACUCAUUUUAGUAUGUUCUUUCUAGCUGUGGUGAUUUAUUUGCAUCUCCUUGCCUAGUUUUAAAAUUAGUCUAUAAUGGGAAUUGUCUAUUUUUUAGCUCUCAGCUGCAAGUAAGGAUGAUUAGCACACAUUAAUUUUUCUAAACCGCUGUGCUAAUCUCGUUACAUUUGGAGUAAGUUACAAUCCAUUGUAUAUAUUUCAUUUUUCUGAAUUUGCUACAUUUUUUAUUUUCUAUAGAAAGCCACACCGUAUCAAUUUCGAAACACAAAACGGCGCCGACAAAAGGUAUUUUCAUUGAAUGUUUUAAAUUAUUUAGUACUUUAAACGAUACAAUACUGCGUGCAUUGAAUGUGGUUACAUGCCUGAUUAAAAAUUUAAACUUUUAUCUGAGUUUGAGGCUAAUACCGUAUCAGACAAAACAAUCCCUGAACUGAUAAGAUAUCGCAGUAUGUUGUUGAUGAUACUGAAAGAUUUUUUACACUGGAAUCUCGGGAUUUUUCGACAUGUGUUUUUAUUGGUGGUGCACAAGAAACGGACGUUUUUUAUAUUUUAUCUUAUUUUUACCAUACAAAAUAUCUUCGUUCGCAGUUGGGAAAAUAUUGACAGUAAGAAGAGAAUUACUUUUUAAGUCUACUGUGACUGUGUAUUAUAUAAAUCCGUUUGGAACCUCAACCGUGUGUAGAUUAUGUAGACUGUAGUGUGCAGAAUACCGUAAGGUCACAGAGUAAGUACAUACAGAGGUCUCACUUCUGCCUGAAAACCGUAAGGUAGCUUUUACUGCGCGUAUCUGGCGGUCAUGUUCUUAGCAAGUACUCUAAAGAGAGUCAUUCACCCCCUGGAACAUUAAAUUUCAAUAUGUUUCAAUAUCAGGAGGGUGAGUGCCUCUCUGUAGGGCACUUACUAAAUUAACCUGAAGUGAGACCUCUGUAUGUACUUACUCUGUGGCAACGUAUAGCGUAUUGUACAUCUAUAGUCAGUUACUUUCCAAAAUGUUGAAUACGUACAAGCUCAAAAAGUUUUUAAACAUUAAUAUUGAAAAUAAAAUAAAAAACAAUAUAAUAUUUUAAUAUUAAAAUAUUGCAUUGCAAAAUUUCAUUGCAGUCUUUAACAAUUGCUUGUUAGUACAUGUUUAACUAUGCUUUUAUUUUUAUUAUUUGGUUGGCAAGGAUAAGUAUAUACUGUAUCAUUAUCUACUUUAUAUUAGUGUCGAUAAUCCAUUUGCAAGUAUCCACAGUUGGUGAUAAAGUCAUCACUCUUCCAAAAGAUACAGCAAGCUUGUAUGCAAGUGCUUGGCCAAAGCAAACCGAUG